UUUUAGUCAAAAUGAAGCUGCAGAACAAACAGCAGAGAGAGAGAUGAUCAGCAUGUGACAGAACAUGAGCCUCUCUCUCUCUCUCUCUCUCUCUGUCUCUCUCUCUCUCUCUCUCUAGUGACUCUGGUUCUAUAUUUAACCUGCAGGCCGACUGCCGCUCACACAUACUCGACAUAAACGAGUCCGCCGUGAGACGACGAGCAGGAUGGAGGGGGAGGCUCCGCCCCGCCGCUCUGUGGCUGAACUUGCAGGAAGAUUCAAGUGCUCGGCUCCACCACACGAUGCUGCUGGGAACGAUACGGAGAAGCCGGUCAGGCGACGCCCUCCUCGCUCCUUACAGCUCCCCAAAACACACGGAGACGACCAGGAGCAGCCUCCAGGUGUCACCUCUCCUCUACCUACCAAAGCCAAGAGGAACUCUGCUCUGAUUGAGAAGCUCCAGGCCAACCUCGCUCUCUCCCCCUCGGCCAUGUUGCCCUCUCCAAAGAGCCCCGGCUUCAGGCUGCUGCCCCCCGCCUUCCCCCCGGCCUCCGCCCCGGUUACCACCUCUUCCACGACGACCCCCACCAGCCCCGUUAUCGUCUCUCCGUUAACUGAAGAGGAAGGCCCCGCCACCUUUGAAGCCCCUCCCACUGUGGCGGAGGGGUCCAUCCUGAUGAACAUCAACAAGAGCCGAGCCCGCCACUCCAUCCGGCGUCGCCCUCCGUCCCGCCGCCACAGGACAUCCAGCAGUGGAGAUGAGGUCAGCGUCGCCAACGAGGGCGGGGAAGUCUCUGUUAGCUCCCCGAGCGAACUAGAAGACAAAACAAUAGGAGAAGAAGGGAAAGGAGGAGGAGGAGGAGAGGUUUUCACACAGGAAGUUAAAAGAGACGAGGUUAAGGACGAAGAGAAAGACUCUUCAACGUGUCCCGAGAAAAACAAAUCCCAAGAAGAAGAUCAGUCAAAGACCAACCCCGGAGAUGAAGACGAGGAGAAGAAGGUGGGAGAGAACGGAUCCAUGGAAGAAGAGAAGGGAGACGGUUCUUCAUCGGGAAAGAAGGAGGAAGCUCAAGAGAAAAUCUCUGGAGACAAACAGGAAGAAGAUUCAGCUGCAGUAGCGAUCAACACAGAUCGCAAAGAAGAAGAAACAGUCCAGGAGACGACGUGUCAGAGUUCAGCCCGGUGAGUGAUCAGACGUCCGGCCGAGCCGGAGCAUGGCAGCCAUGUUGAGCCCCUGGGGUGCUGGGAGGGAGACCCUGUUGCAGCGAGGCCUGGAGGAAAAAGCCCGUCUAAGAAUGUGGACUCACGGACGAACUUAUGAGGUGUUCAGUGGAGAUUUGUUUUCUUUGACGUGGUGAAGAAGAAGUGAGGAAACCGAUAUAAUUGGGAAUUUAACUGAAGCUUUAAUUCAGGAUGAAGUGCGGCUUGGCAAGAAAACACCUGAAAUUGAUUUUUUUUACUAAUCCUAUACUCAAAGCCUUUUUACACUCCAAUGCUGGAUUUGUUCCUUUUUCUAAGAAUCUCAUGUAAUUGUGUUGUUUUUCAUUAUUGUGUUUUCUUGCUGUUUUGUUCCUUCAGAGCUGUGAGUGAUGAUGAUGAUGGUGAUGAGUGAUUUUUGGUGUCUGUACGUUUAUUUAAAGCAACAAAUGUAAAGUCAACAUAAGAGACACGCUGAAGGGAAAAGCUGAAGCCUUAUUCCAAAGAUUCAUAGAAACUACUUUUUAAUAAACAUGGAGGUUUUUAUUGUUUUAAACUGGAGACGUCACAUUGUGCCUUUAAGUCUGAAAAGUUAAAUUAAAAUGCAUAUUUUGAACGUU